AUGGCUCGUCCGACCGUGCUGCUCGUCGUCGCCCUCGUCCUCGUGGUGGCAGAACCCGGGAUCGCCUCCAAGCCGGAGCCGAUCAGCACGCUCCGCCGCGUUCCGCCGCUGCUGGACUGCGGCCCGGCGCCGGUGGCGCCAGCAGCCGAGAGCGACGGCUUCCGCGCCAACUUGCUCUCAAUCCUCCGCGUCAUCCCCUCCGCCGCCGCGGCCGCUCCCGCGGGCUUCGUCACCGCGCGGUCGGGCAGGACGGGCCGCGACAGUGCCUUCGCGCGCGCGCUCUGCUUCGGCGCUGCAUCAAACCGCUCCUCCUCCUCCGCCGCCGCCUGCCGCGCGUGCCUGUCCGCCGCCGCGAGGGACGCCACCAGCGGCUGCGGCGCCAGCCGCCGCGCCGGCGUGUGGCGCGCGGGGUGCAUCCUGGGCUACGCGGACACCGACGCCACGUCGGCCCGCGAGGACGCCUUCUUUGGAUGGUUCUACGCCGACUCCAGCACGACGGCUGCGACGCUGAAGGAUGGCGUGUGCGCGGCCGACCGCACGGGGCCGGACUGCGCUCGGUGCUUCGAGGACGCCGCGCGUGCGGCGGCGGCGCUGCCGUGGCUGGUGAGGUUGCGGAGAGAGGUGAUCGUGGUCGGCUACAGUUGCUGCCUGCGCGUCCAGUCAUACGUUCUGCCGAUCACAAGUGAGUUAUCUUACACGAUCUCGUCCUCAAUCCUUGCAUACUAUCUUACGCUAUGA